AGGACGAUAGAUAAGGAAGAAGGCAACACCCAAACUUGUUGACCGACUAUGUAUUUGCAGUGUAUGUGAGAGAGAAUGAUGCCGCUUCUGUUGCAUCUAACGUUCGAAUGUUGCUUGUGUUGAAGAAAGAAAAAAAAACACGGAGUUUGUUUGUUGUUGUAUUGAUCUACAGUAGCCUAGCGUGGGAUAUUUUUUUUGUAUCUAUAGGUUCGUGUUUUUGGGUUGUAUUUCCAAGCGAUGGUGGCAGCAGAAGCAACAUUUCAGCUGGUGUUGAUGGAAGACUUCCCAGUUUUGCAGAGUUGCACGUUGCGAAUGCAAGACUGGAUGUAGCUGAUUGGAGUAGCGAAAUCGGUGAUCACACAGCCGAGUGGGAGGAGGGGAGAUUCUGAAAGUGGGUUUUUCUGUGUGUGACUCUCCAGCGGCCAUGUUAUCCAAGAAGCCGUGCGCUGCCGUCUACCCAACUGGCAAAGGGGGUGAGAUCUGCCAGCUACAGUCUUCCCCCGGAAUCGGAGUCGGGGGUCCCCGGGCCGUAGCAGCGACAGACCCGCCAUCGCCCGUCACACUACCACCCCUCAGGAAUAUCAAGUCGCUCACGGUUGGAGGCAAUAAGCACACCAUGAGUGACCACAUGCACGUGGGGAACCACCAACAGAUCCACGUCCAACAGCUGUUUGAGGAGAACAGCAACAAACGGACAGUGUUGACUGCACAGCCCAAUGGGUUGACCUCUGUGGGCCGGGCAGGUCUACCGCUGCCUGACCGACAGCAGCCCGACGUCACCACUACCACGGCCCAGUGUCGGCAGGGCAGCUCAGCCUCCCUCAAGUCCACCGACAGCAAGCCCCAGCCGGCCACCCACCCGGAGCAGGCCAUGAAGCAGUUCAUGCCCAAGCUUACGGCCUUCGAGCACCAUGAGAUCUUCAGUUACCCAGAGGUGUAUUUCGCUGGACCCAACGCCAAGAAGAGGCCGGGUGAUCGGGGGUCCAACAACGGAGGCUACGACGACGAUCAGGGCUCCUACAUCCAGGUGCCCCACGACCACGUCUCCUACCGCUACGAGGUCCUCAAGGUGAUUGGCAAGGGCAGUUUCGGACAGGUGGUGAAGGCCUACGACCACAAGGCCCACUGCCACGUGGCGCUGAAGAUGGUGAGGAAUGAGAAGAGGUUCCACCGCCAGGCGGCCGAAGAGAUCCGGAUCCUGGAGCACCUGAGGAAGCAGGACAAAGACUCCACCAUGAACGUGAUCCACAUGCUGGAGAACUUCACAUUCCGUAACCACAUCUGCAUGACCUUUGAACUCCUCAGCAUGAACCUCUACGAGCUCAUCAAGAAGAACAAGUUCCAGGGCUUCAGCUUGCCGCUCGUCAGGAAGUUCGCCCACUCUAUCCUGCAGUGUCUGGACUCGCUGCACAAGAACCGUAUCAUUCACUGUGACCUGAAGCCAGAGAACAUUCUCCUGAAGCAGCAGGGACGCAGCGGGAUCAAGGUCAUCGACUUUGGCUCCAGCUGCUACGAGCACCAGCGGGUUUACACCUACAUCCAGUCUCGUUUUUACAGAGCUCCCGAGGUCAUCCUGGGGUCGCGCUAUGGGAUGCCUAUUGACAUGUGGAGCCUGGGCUGCAUCUUAGCGGAGUUGCUCACUGGGUACCCUCUCCUGCCGGGCGAAGAUGAAGGGGACCAACUGGCAUGCGUCAUCGAGCUGCUGGGCAUGCCCUCGCAGAAACUUCUGGACUCUUCCAAGAGAGCCAAGAACUUUGUGAGCUCCAAGGGUUACCCCCGGUACUGCGCGGUGACGACCCUGCCGGACGGCUCGGUGGUGCUGAACGGGGGGCGCUCCCGCCGGGGCAAACUGAGGGGACCCCCGGGGAGCAAGGAGUGGGUGACGGCCUUGAAGGGCUGCGACGACCCCCUGUUCCUGGACUUCAUCAAGCAGUGUCUGGAGUGGGACCCUGUCGUGCGUAUGUCCCCCAGCCAGGCCCUCAGACACCCCUGGCUCAGGAGGCGCUUGCCCAAACCUCCCACGGGGGACAAAACAACGGUGAAGCGUAUCACCGACGGGGGCUCUGGCGCUAUCACGUCCAUCUCCAAAUUACCUCCCACCUCGGGCUCCACCUCCAAGAUAAGGACUAACCUGGCGCACAUCACGGACGCCAACGGGAACAUCCAACAGAGGACAGUGUUGCCAAAACUAGUCAGUUGAAGAAACUGUAAACGACAGCUAGUUCGUUGUCUCAUCUAGGAUAUCUCUUCUUACUGUUUUUGGUUUGUUUUGUUUUUUUAAAGUGGAGAGAUGAUUGUGUCUCUGAGAGAGAGAGAAAAACAACCGGGGAAGCCGAACAGUACCAGUCACAGUACUCAACAGUGUGUUUUUUUAAAGUGGAGAGAUGAUUGUGUCUCUGAGAGAGAGAGAAAAACAACCGGGGAAGCCGAACAGUACCAGUCACAGUACUCAACAGUGUGUUUUUUUUUAGACAGAGGGGUUUAUUCAGCGUUAAUAAUUCACCACGCCAUUGUUUAGUAGCUCUGUAGCAGCUUUUAUUUAAAUAUAAACAAGACAAAAACAUGAAAGUGGUCAUCAUGAAGGGAACAAUGCUUUUAGGUGUUUAGUCUCAGGACUGUGUGCUCUGAUGGAGCAGGUGGCUGUCGUUCACACAAUCUGGCCCAAGGAGAGACUGAUAACCUGGGCAUGAUAUAGUGUAGAAUAACAGAAUGGGUGGCUGGUCACGAUGAACACAUGGCGAUAACUAACUCAUAUCUUUUAGGUGUUUAGUCUCAGGACUGUGUGCUCUGAUGGAGCAGGUGGCUGUCGUUCACACAAUCUGGCCCAAGGAGAGACUGAUAACCUGGGCAUGAUAUAGUGUAGAAUAACAGAAUGGGUGGCUGGUCACGAUGAACACAUGGCGAUAACUAACUCAUAUCUUUUAGGUGUUUAGUCUCAGGACUGUGUGCUCUGAUGGAGACAGUCUGAAGAUAUUUAGGCUCUGCUUCUCUACCUUAUCUGAUUGAUAUAGUGACAUUAAAUAGCUGUGAGAAAGUUUUUAAAAAGAAUUUUAUAAGCUAAGAUCAUAGUAUCUGAGAUGAGGUUUUGGUCAAAUAAAUGCGAGGAUGGAAAGUGGUUGUUUUAAGACUGUUAAGAGUUAAAGUGAGAGGUUGGACCGCGGUGUGGAAACAUUCGUUUACCUGACAGACUAUGCCUGUAAUUCUCUUGACAUUCCUUAAACAACUCAACUAGAACGAGGGGGAAAAUUAGUGCAGGUUUGUCUUGUUUUCACCUGUACCAGAAACAAGGGAGUGAUACACAGAAUAAUGAGUUCUGUCAGAGAG